AUGGACGACGACCGGAACGAUGACUCGGGAGCGACGAUACGUAAUCCAUACGGUACCGAUGAAUCACUCGUGACGCUUGAACGCCGCGCGCGCGCGUACGACGAGGCGCUCACGAGGAGUCGUCCCGCGUGCGCGUUUGGAACUCUCAGGGUCAUGUCUUGGAACCUUCAACUUUUAGCGGGGCCAUUUUCCGGUCAGGGCGGAUUCAGGGCCGAUUUGAUCAAACGAGCGCGUAAGAUAGUUCAAAACAUCAUCGUCGUCGCCGAGACGGUGGACGUGGUGUGCUUACAAGAGGUUUGGGACGACGCGAGUCGCACCGUGCUGCGUUCGGGAUUGGCGACGACGUUUCCGUACAUUUUUUCUCCCGCCGCCAAGUGUGGUCUCAUGGUGUGCUCAAAGGCGAGUCACGUUUGCAAUCAUUUUGUCAAGUUCACGCACAGGGGGGGGAUCGAGGCGAGGGCGUUUGAGAAGGGAGUAAGCACGACGUACCUGCGCCUCGCUCAAAACGACGCCUGCGUCAGAGUCGCCAUCAUUUUGAACACACAUCUGCAGUCAGACUAUUGGUGCAGUGGGCGUGUGGCCCGAUUUUCACAGCUCGUGUGCGUGCGAGAAUCCUUCAUGCGCGCCGUGCGUGAGUGUAGGGGCAACGGGUACGUGGUCGAGAGAGUGUUACUUGCCGGAGACAUAAACGUGGAACACGGCUCGGCGGAAUACGAACAUAUGAUGCAUUCGAUCUUCCCUGGCGCGAUCGAUCUCAUGAACUCACCUCUCAAUGACGACGAUAGCUUCCGCCUGACGUUUCCGGUCGCGCGUUGGCGACAUUACAUCCUCAAGUGCGGACGAGAGAGCAGGUACUUUGAUUUGGAGCCUCGCGUGCGGAUCGAUUACGUCAUGGACCUGACGCCGAUGGGAGUGUCACAGGGAGUGCCACCGCGCCAUAAACACGUCGAUUCGGGCUACGUCAAUCGCGCAUUGUGUCGCGAUGCGCGCGGCCGCGCGCUCUCGGAUCAUUUCCCGAUCGUGGCGAUGUCGAGCGUCUUCGGUUCGGGUACGGAAGAUUACUCGCUAUGA